AUGGCGGGAACUCCUUCAGCAGCAGGGCAAUCUUCUCAUCCUCCCUCCCUCAAAAAGUCUAGUUCGAGCAAACAAACGUCUAUCGCCGGCUUUUUCCAGAAGAAACCUGCAACAGCAGGUCCCAAUGAUCUCCGAGUUGAAAAUGCUCUGUCUCUGCCAGUCAGAAGCAGUCCUAAAAAGAAAGUGAAGCGGGCAACCUUAGGUUCCGACCAAAGCAUUACACCUGCCCCAAGCAGUGAUCAGCCCGAGCCUGUAGAGGAUGAGACAAAGCCCAGUGAUGUUUUUCAAGAGCAAGGUAGCGCUAGCUUACCAUCUCCAGUCACGCCAGCUGGUGUGGCCGGUACUCGUUCCAAAUCGAUGGCUCGUAAGCCUCCAAAUGGUUUCUACAGCCCGUCACGUAAGGCAAAAAAGGUGAUCUCCUACGCUGAAUCUGGCGAUGAAGACGAGGACGACAUACUCAAUUCAAAUGCUUCGCGGCGACCUUCCAAGCGCAGAAAGACAAGUAUUGACAGUGAAGAUGACAACGACGAAUUUGGUGUCCAACCAGACGAAAAGGAGGACGUGGAUUCAGAGGAAGACUUCGUCGUUCCUGAUGAAUCAGAUGACGAAGCAACGUCGAAGAAGCGCAAAAGGUCCAAACCCAAGGUUAAGAAAGGGACCUCGAAAUCAAGAUCCCUAUCGCCACCAUCUUUGCCUCGUGACCCGAGCCUUGAACUUCCUGAAGUCUCAACUGCUCAAACAUGGAGAUUCGAUCCGGAUGGCAUUCCUUCGGAGACCAUGAUUAAGCACGAGGCACCGAACAGGAAACCAGUAACCGAUGUAAACGGUAAGAAGAUGAAGCCAAAAGCGCAUGCGUCACAGCCUGAAGAGCGAUACGAAUGGCUUGGAAACAUGCACGAUGCAGACCGAAACCCUCCUGGACAUCCAGAUCAUGACCCAAGAACCAUCUAUAUACCGCCAAAAGCGUGGGCUCAGUUUUCCCCAUUCGAGGCGCAGUACUGGAAAAUCAAAGCCAAAUUCAUGGAUACGAUCGUCUUCUUCAAGAAGGGUAAAUUUUAUGAAUUGUAUGAACAGGACGCGACAAUCGGCCACCAGCUAUUCGAUCUGAAGCUGACUGAUCGUGUCAACAUGCGAAUGGUCGGAGUCCCCGAAAUGAGUCUUCCGCAUUGGGCAAAUCAAUUUGUAGCUGCGGGCUACAAGAUUGCCCGAGUUGACCAGCAAGAAUCUGCUCUUAGUAAGGAGAUGCGUGAGAGAGAUGGCCAAGGCCAGGGCAGUAAGACGAAGGUCAUUGAACGUAAGCUUGCGUGUGUCCUCACUGGUGGAACUCUUGUAGACGGGGCGAUGUUGCAGGACGAUAUGUCAACAUUCUGCGUUUCGAUUAAAGAAGAAGAGCGCGACGGUCUGCCAUCGUUUGGCAUCUCUUAUGUAGAUGCCGCGACUGGCCAGUUCAAUGUCACCGAAUUCGCCGAUGACACAGACUUUACAAAAUUUGAGACGUUCAUAGCCCAGGUGCGUCCACAGGAGAUCAUCCUUGAAAAGGGAUUUGUCACCCCUGCCGCCAACAGGAUUAUCAAGAACAACACAAGUCCGACAACAAUUCGUAACGAGCUUAAACCUGGCAAAGAGUUCUGGACUGCAGAUACUACUUGGCGUGAGUUGGACGCUGGCAAAUAUUUCGUCUCUGAGGAAGGAGACGAUCAAGGGGCAUGGCCGAAAGUACUCAAAGACGUCCGAGAGAGAGACCUCCUCAUGUCUUCCUUUGGAGCGCUGAUACAGUAUCUACGCACUUUACAGAUCGAGCGAGAGCUACUCACGCUUGGAAAUAUCAAUUGGUACGAUCCCAUCCGCAAAGCGAACAGCUUGGUAUUAGACGGCAAGACUUUGAUCAACCUCGAAAUAUUUGCGAACAAUUUCGACGGUGGGUCAGACGGUACGCUUUUUGCCCUUCUGAACCGAUGCAUCACACCAUUCGGUAAACGACUGUUCAAGCAAUGGGUCUGCCAUCCCCUGAUGGAUGCUGUGAAGAUCAAUGCACGAUUAGAUGCCGUGGACGCUAUGAACGCGGAUACUACUGUCAAAGAUCGAUUCACGUCUGAGCUCUCGAAACUCCCCGACCUUGAGAGGAUGAUCUCCCGUAUCCAUGCCAGAAGCUGCAAGCCUCAAGACUUCGUCAAAGUGCUCAACGGGUUUGAACAGAUUGACUACACUAUGGGCAUUGUCCGUGACGCCGGAUCGGGUGAAGGCAUUAUCGGACAGCUUAUAGCCGCUAUGCCCAACAUGAAAAGCAUCCUGCUCGAUUGGAAGGACCUUUUUGAUCACGAUAAAGCAAAGGAACAUGGUCUACUGAUUCCUGAACGUGGCGUCGAGGAAGACUUCGAUGAAAGUCAAGACCGAAUAGAUGAGAUCAAGAAACGCCUAGAAAAUCAUCUCAAGAAGGUACGAAAGGACCUUGGUUCAACCUCCAUCGUCUUCAGAGACAACGGGAAGGAAAUUUACCAGCUUGAAGUGCCUGUGAAGGUCAAAGGCGUACCCAAAGGCUGGGAUCAGAUGUCAGCAACCCAACAAGUGAAACGAUACUACAACAACGAACUUCGAGCUUUAGUCCGGUCACUUCAAGAAGCGCAGGAAACACAUGCUAAGAUUGUCAAAGAAGUGACGGGACGCUUCUUCGCUCGUUUCGACGAACAUUACACAACAUGGCUUGCGGCUGUCAACACAAUAGCCCAUCUCGACUGCCUCAUCUCCCUCGCCAAAGCCUCUUGCGUAUUGGGUGAGCCAAGUUGCCGUCCGACUUUCCUCGCUGCUCCUGAAGGCUCGAGGAGUACAAUCUCCUUCUCCGACCUGCGCCACCCGUGCAUGCUCGGCACAGUCACAGACUUCAUCCCGAACGACGUCUCCCUGGGCGGGUCAGACCCCAACAUCAGUCUCCUCACCGGUGCCAACGCAGCAGGUAAAUCUACCAUCCUCCGCAUGACCUGUGUCGCCGUUAUCAUGGCCCAAUUAGGCUGCUAUGUUCCUGCCACCGCCGCCUCUCUCACUCCUGUCGACCGCAUUAUGUCCCGCCUUGGCGCCAACGAUAAUAUCUUCGCCGCCCAAUCCACAUUCUUCGUAGAACUUACGGAGACGAAGAAAAUCCUUUCUGAAGCCUCGCCACGCAGUCUCGUCAUCCUCGACGAAUUGGGCCGCGGCACCUCCUCCUACGACGGCGUCGCCGUCGCGGAAGCUGUGCUUCACCACAUCGCGACGCAUAUCGGCUGUGUCGGCUUCUUCGCCACACAUUACCACUCCCUCGCCACGGAGUUUGCGCGACAUCCAGAGGUCAAGAACAAGCGGAUGAGAAUCCAUGUCGACGAGGCGGAGAAGAGGGUGACGUUUUUGUAUAAACUUGAGGACGGGGUCGCGGAGGGGAGUUUUGGGAUGCAUUGUGCAAGUAUGUGUGGAAUUCCGGGCUCCGUGGUGGAGAGGGCGGAAGUGGCGGCGAGGGAGUGGGAGCAUACGAGUAAAUUACAGGAACGCAUGGGGGAGAGGAAGCAGGGUUGGGUGCCGUUGGGGUGGGGGAGUGAUGUUGCUUGGAUGUUGAGAGAGAAAGCAGAGGUUGGAGCGACGGGAUUGGAUGUGUUGAGGAAGGCUAUUGAGGGUUUAUGA